AUCUUGCUCUGAUGGCUAUCUCGAUAGCUUCGAUUUGAUGCACCACGAUGGCCCACGAUGGCCCACUGAAAGCGUGACGCGACCCAGCGGUCUGACCGAGUGCGCUGUAGCUGAGAGUCAAGUUCACCGGCUGAACCUAUUGGGUUCAAGAUGAGCUUCAGCGACAGCACAGCCGAGUCUCGGAGCGGAGCGUCGUCGUGUCUUGAGGAUGAAGCAGCGCUGCUUCUCACGCUGUGCGAAAGAAACGCUGGGCCCAGAAGAAAGUGGUGGGAGGAGCUCGGAGAGGGCGCUCGGCUUGCGACUUUGGAAGAUUGUCUCUACUUUGUGGUCGCGGGACUCGUGACUGUGCUUUGCGAUAAAAACGGCGCUCAGUGUCAAGAGCUCGGGUCAAAAGAGGGCGCUGAGGAUGAAGGGACGGUGUGGAGUCGAGCCUACAUGAGGAACGAGGUGAGAUCGAUGAUUUGAGCCUCGACUCGCGACUCCUCCCUCCCAUCAGAGGGAGAUUCCAC